UGGGCAACCCUCGGUUACCUCAACGCUCAGCUAUCAAGCGUCCCCGGCAGUCGGCAUUUUAAUUGAAUCAAGCAAACAAACAACAUAAAAAUGGAGGAAGUACAGGAUUUUCAAUUUAUAUUACCAUUUCGAAAUAGUGAUUUACUUAAUUCAGUGACCGGUGACCAGUUCUACGUACAGCAGAUAUACACUGCAAACGAAAUACCUGAGCAACUACUUGCUUGCAAAUCAAAGGUUCACCAACGUGACCCUUUUUAUAUAUUUGAGCACUUUGAUGUCUACUUUUCAAUAUUGGAAACAACUGCAAAUGAUGCCGCUGCCAUUCGGAAUCUUAUGCGUUCCUUCGAUCUACUGUACCUCACAGUGGACACUUUGGGCGAACAAUUGUCACCGCUGCUUAGUGGCAACGAGCCGCCAUCCGCACAUGAUCGCGUGCGCUAUCUGAAUCUUACCAAAAUGACACUGUUCUUAAUCAUCAACACGGUGAAGCGCAUUGACAUCGUUGUUCAACAGGUGCUAAAGGAGCAGCAGUUGAAUCAGCAGAAAAAGCGCGGCAAACAAGAUGAGGCGCUGGAACAGUAUCCUGAUUGGGAUGUGAAGCGAGGAAGGUUUCUGGUUCAGCUUUAUAAUGUGAUGCAGUUUGAGCUGGAGAAGCUCUGGAGUCCUCCCGUCGCAGAAGAGAAUUUUGUCACCAUGAUAUGUGACAUAUGCUAUAGAACUUUGGAGCUGGUACCUCAACGCCCUGAUAAUCGGCACAUCAUCGAAACACUCUUUUACAUCUUUGGAAUUGCCAUUAAACGAUAUAACCAUGCUAUCACUUUUCCCGCGCGCACAUUACAAAUCUUGCGAAGCACGGAACAUGCCGCGACGACAGUGGCCAAUGGUAUAUUGUUGCUUCACGAUAAAUACGGCAUUACCACAGUUUUCUCCAUACUUAUGAAGGAUAUUGUUGAGGGCCUCACACUGGACACAUCCGAUACUGUGGUGUCGCGAAACUUUUCCAAUUUCCUGGCCGAGUUCUCAGGUAUUGCGCCCAAGUUGAUGAUACCACACCUCUCCCAGUUAGGAGAUGAACUUCUGGGCUGCGAAUCUCAUGUCUUGCGAAACUGUGUGCUACAGAUCAUGGGAGAUGCUGUUGUUGGCGAGCUGACUUCCGAGGAGCUCAACGAUGAAAUGAAGGAAGCUCGAAACGAAUUUCUUGAUAGUUUGCUUAACCAUGUUAAUGACAUCUCGGCGCAUGUCCGCUCCAAGGUGAUGCAGAUCUGGCAUCAUCUUAAGGAGCAACAUGCCAUACCGCUUAGCUUUCUGAUCCCAGUGCUGCGCGAGGCAAUAUGUCGACUGGAGGACAAGAGCUCCUUGGUGAGAAAGUCAGCGAUUCAACUGAUAAAGGCCUUCCUCGAGAACAAUCCGUACUCGGGAAAACUAACGGGUGAUCAGUUAAUUAAGAAAUACGAAAGGGAAGUCCAAGUAAUGGAACAGUUGAACGAUGUAUUAAUCGAAGAGCGCAAACAGGCGGAGAAACUAAAUGAGGAAUGGGAGUUAGUUAUUCCAGAGCUGAUGCCCAUUAUUGAACAGAAUUUAAAUGAGUUUCCAGAGCUGCAGUUUGAUAAGGAGGAGGAAUACGAAGAAUUGGUAAAAAAGAUUCUGCCGCUGCUCGUAGAAAAGAACUUCAAAGAUGCUACAGUGCUGGUGAGAAAGGCAGACUUUGUUUUGGGCAACUAUGAGCUUAGUAUACAUCUGAACCUAGCGGAGAAAUGUGUGUACUUUAUAUCAUUGUUUAAAACCUUUCUUUCCAUGGCAAGUGGCUACAAAGAUAGCAGCGAGGAAAUGCAAAAGCAAAUCAAAACCGUUGAAUUUUUAAAGGACAGCAUUGAGUUCUCAGAUGUGGCGACUUCUGCUAUGCCGAAAAUGCUCGAAAUGCUCAUGUCGAAGACCAACACGGAUGUAUUCGAGGCUGUGGACCUGUUUACCACAGGCUAUCUCUUUGGCAUACACGGCACACAGACGGGCAUGCAACGUAUGUUGUAUUUGGUUUGGUCAUCCGACAAGGAGAAGCGAGAUGCUGUAUCCAAUGCCUAUCGCAGGGUUCUGUUCACCACGGAUUUGACGGGAAGGGCCCACUCUAUUAAGGUAGUGCAGAAUCUUUCCAAAUUCUUGUCCGAAAUUGAGUACGGACACUACACAGCCCUGACAGUGCUAAUGGGCGAGUGGGUCGCUGGUGAAAACGUCGAUGCGCUCAUUAUUCAAGUAUUGUUCGAGCGUUUCACACUAAAGCUGGAGGGAACCACGAUGGACGAGUCCCGCUUGGCGUUGCAGUUGCUCAUAAUGGCCUCGCAGGCGAAGUCAACAAUUGCUUCGGCAAAUCGUGCUAUUAUCGAGGACAUUGCCGUUGGAGAGCGUGUGAAACAAGAUCCUCGCAUCUAUACUGGAUGUUUACAGCUGCUGGUCAACAGCAUCGAUGCCAACAACAAUAGCAAAUACUAUAAACGUUAUGCCAGUGAUGCCAAGUUUGUGCAGGAUAUAACGAGCUUGUUUUUGGCCUUUUUCGUUCAUGCCAAACUGCCUGAAUUUGAUGCGCUGGCCAUGAGCAUUUUUGAGUACUAUUAUCGCAUGUGCCAGGCACCGGAUGAGCUGGCCCAGAAUGUAGUAAGAGAAUUGCUUAAACGCUUCAAUGAUCAGUGGCUGGUAACUACAGCGACCGCCGCCGAUGAGCCCGCUUUCACGCAGACCACAGACAUACCCUAUUCACAACCAAUGCCCAUGUCGCAGGAACAGUCGCAGAGACCGUCCCAAGUCGCUGAAGGUCCGAUUCGUAUGCCAGUUUAUCUGGUUGCGCGGUUUGUGUUCUGCGUGGGUUACAUGACCAUCAAGGAGAUGAUUUUCCUGGACAUGGAUGUGUACAAUAAUAUGAAAUAUCGCGAGGAGCUGGCUGCUCUCGAGGAGAAGAAGAACAAAAAGGAUGCGGUGAGCGCACUGCGACGACAGACCGUCUCUGCCAUGGAGGUGCGGAAACGUUUGUCGGGCGUGGCCGCAGAGCCUCAACAGGAGCCCGAUGACGACUUGGUGGGUGCCACGGCAGAGGAUAACAUUGCCGAGGAGAUCAAUGCCAUUUGCGAGGAUAUGCUGCUAUACGAUCCGAACGCACUGAUGUCCAAAAUAUAUCCGAUUAUCAUUGAUAUAUGCAAGCGACCUGGCGAAUACCGGGAUCAGCAGCUUCAGCAGUCGGCGACUCUAACGCUGGCGCGCCUGAUGACAGUCUCCUCCAAGUUCUGCGAAUCAAAUAUGUCAUUCCUAAUGAAUAUUCUCAAUUUGACCAAGAACUUGAAAAUCAAAUGCAAUACAGUUGUGGGCUUAUCCGAUUUGACCUUUCGGUUCCCCAACAUCAUCGAACCCUGGACGGGACACUUUUACUCGCAGUUGCAUGAGGAGGACACUGAGCUGCGGCUGACAGCCGUAAAAAUGCUUUCUCAUCUCAUUCUGCACGAAAUGAUACGUGUUAAAGGACAGAUAGCCGACCUAGCGCUGUGCAUUGUCGAUGAGAGUGACGAGAUUAAAAAUAUAACGAAACAGUUCUUUAAGGAAAUUGCUAACAAAGCCAAUAUAUUGUAUAAUGUACUUCCCGACAUUAUCUCUAAGCUGGGUGACAUUAAUCUGCAUCUGGAGGAGGAAAAAUACCGCACGAUUAUGCGUUACAUACUUGGACUUGUUCAAAAGGAUCGCCAGAUCGAGACGCUUGUGGAGAAGUUGUGCCUACGCUUUCCACUCACUCGAGCGGAACGUCAGUGGCGUGAUAUUGCCUACUGCCUCAGUCUGCUUAGCUACAAUGAAAGAUCCCUCAAGAAGCUGAUUGACAAUGUUCAGCACUUCAAGGACAAGGUGCAGGUUGAUGAGGUUUAUCAAUCCUUCAAGCUCAUCAUCAGCAGCACCUCAAAGCUGGCCAAGCCGGAGCUAAAAACGGUUGUCACCGAGUUUGAGACGCGCCUUAACGAAUGCCUGCAGGUCACAGAGCCAGGAGCAAAUCCACAAUCUGAAAGUGCUCCCACUGAGUCGCGGGUUAACAAGACAAAGACUGGAAGACCAGGUGCCAAACCACAACGUGGACAAGCGACGGGCAGGGAUGCAGGUCCCAGCAGCAGGCGUAGACAAAAUGCCCGGAUUAAGUCCAGCUCCGAGGAGGAGAGCUCCGAUGAUGAGGAAGCGCCGGUUGCACGUCGGCAGGCGGCACAGCGGAAACAACAGCGACGAAGACAGAAGGCUGCCUCUCCCGAAUGAAGAAUCGGAAUGGAAUCGGCGAAUAUGGGCUAUCGCUUGAAUAAUCGUAUUUUAAUUAUAUUUUUAUCUGUAAAACUAAUGGAAAACAUGUAAGAUUUGAAUCUUUGAAUCCCCCAUCACUUAAGUUAACGUAUUUUAAUAAUAUUUUUAUCUGUAAAAUUAAUGAAAUAUAUUAUAAGAUUUCGAUCGGUCUCUUCCGAAUGAAGAAUCGAUGGAGAAGCUAGCCAAGAUUCAAUCCGACAGAUCGCAAAUACGAUCUAUCACUUGAAUUAAUGUAUUUUAAUAAUAUUUGUAUCUGUAAAACUUAUAGAAAAUAUAUAAGAUUUGUAUCUGCGAA